GUAAAUUAUGUUUUGAAAAGAGUACAAAAUACGGUGAACGUAUACCGAAGAAACCCGUUCUGACACUGAUUCCUCUGUCGACUUAAGAAUCAGUCCCAGAUCUUUCUGUUCGACCGACACCUCACCAGUGGAAGAGUUUUACAUCAAAAUGACGCUGAUAUGGGUUGUUCACACUAAAUGACAAAACAUAAAUAAUAAAUGACAUCACUCAGUGAACACCAUAUGACAAGCAUCUACAUUUCAUUUGCUCUUCGGGAGGUGUUGUAAUGGACCUAGAAUCCAAGGCUGUGUAGGUGUGGAUUUGUUUUUGACAUCAUGGGCUGUGGAGGCUCCAGGACAGAUGUGUUGGAGCCCAGAUAUAUGGAAAGCUGGACCAAAGAGACAGAGUCCACCUGGCUGACCAGCACGGACACAGACAUACCCCUGUCCUCCAUCCAGAGCAUCCACUCGGAAAACUCUUCAGAGGUGGGCUUCCCAUCAGAGAAGACUGCCAACCUCGAUCUGUUUGAUGAUGGUCUGCCUUCUCCAGCUCAGGCGUAUCUGAAAGUGUGUCCUGCCAUGUCUGAGGUGGGUCUGAAUGACAUGAAACCUGGCAGUACCCCUGCAAUCCUUUCUUCUCAAGAACAGGAAGUGCUGUCUUCUUCUGCUACCACAGUGCAAAGGAGAAGCGUGCUUCGAACUGAGGAAAUAACCAAAUGGCAGGACAGCCGGAUGUCCACCAAGCAAGUGACCAUCACUGUGACUCAAAGCAUCCGGCAGGUGGACAAGAGCGGGAAGAUCAAGGAAACUUCCCAAACCACCUAUGAGGUCAUGAAACCAGUGGAUGGUUUGAUGGACACAGCAGUUGACUCAAUGCCUCAAUGAGGUGUUCACCCAAGACCUCAUGAAGACUGUAUCCUGGAUUUCUGGAAAGCCUUGUCAUGGACCAAAGAAGUAAGAAGCAGGGAUGAACUAAAUGAAGACGUUCAUCAGUGCUGCGAUUAACAGGUUUCAAGGGUCACUUAAAUGUUAUAUUCAUUAUUCAGUUACACUUGACUGAUUUAAUAUGUAUUUUUAUGUACAUCUUUUCUCUGUAAUGUCUUUGUCAAAAUGUAUUGUUUUUUUCUGAUGCCAACGAAAAGA